AUGGCGGUGGGGAGGAAGGUCCUGACCCUGGACUCCGUGAAUCCGUGUGUCAAAGGCACCAGGCUCCCCACGCUCGCGCCCCUGCUGGAGAGGGCCUCGGAAAUCCAGCGCCAGCUGGCGCAGGGAGAGGAGAAGCCCUUCCGGGAGGUUAUCUGGUGUCACUCAGGUGACCCCCACGCUGCAGGCCAAAGACCCAUCACCUUCCUACGCCAGGUGGCUGCCAUCUGCGCUUACCCAGAGCUGCUGCAUGCCGACUCCAUGCCACGGGACGCCAAGCAGCGAGCCAGCCGCAUCCUGCAGGAGCUGCAUGGCUCCAGUGCCGGGGCGUGUAACAUGGAGUACAUCACCACCGCUGUCCCCCAGACGGUGACCCACUACCUGGAGAGGAGAGACGGGGGCAUCCGCUGCAACCCCAGGAACAUCAUCACAUGCGGGGGCAUUACCAGGGCCAUAGUGGACUUCCUCUCCCUGGUGGUCAAUGAGCAGGACCCCAGCAGGGCGGGCGUGCUGCUGCUGGUGCCCGGGCACCCUCUCUUUGCAGAUGCCAUAGCGCUGGCCGGUGCCGUCGCGGUGCAGUACCACCUGGAUGAGGAAGGUGGCUGGGCCCUGGACAUUGGGGAGAUCAGGCGGGUGCUUGGCCAAGCCAGGGGGUACUGCACCCCCAAAGUGCUCUGUGUCAUCAACCCCGGGGACCCGACAGGUGAGCCAUGUGCUGAGCAGGAUGUUCUUCAGCUGGCUGCCCAGGAGAGGCUGCUCCUGCUGGCGGAUGAGGUUCAUCAGGAGAGCAUGUUCACCCCAGACUCCCCCUUCCUCUCCUUUAAGCGGGUUCUGUGUGAGCUGGGCCCCGUGGUCUCCAGCGUGGUGCAGCUAAUCUCCUUCUACUCCGUCUCCAAGGGCUUCGCCCCAGAUGCUGACCUGUCCCAGACCCCUGGGGUGCCAGUGUGCCAGGCGUACCGCCAAUCAGAGGCAAACACUGAGACGCAGGUGGUGCUGAGCGACCUGGCCCACAACGCGCAGCUGACCCAGGAGGUCUUCAGCCAGGUGCCCGGGAUCCACUGUAACCCCGUGCAGGGCGCCAUGUAUUCCUUCCCCAGGAUCCAGAUCCCAGCCAGGGCUGUGCAGGAGGCCCAGGCCCUCGGUCUGGAGCCUGAUUUAUUCUUCUGUCAGAAGCUUCUGGAGGCGACGGGGAUCGUACUGGCCCCAGGGAGCACCUUCGGGCAGUGCCUGGGCACCCACCACGUCAGGGUGACGCUGCUGCCCCCAGUGAAGACGCUGAGGAUUGUCUUACAAACCAUUGCAGACUUCCACUCUGCGUUCCUGCAGCGAUAUUCCUGA